CUCCAAAUAGGAAACAAGAAACAUGUAUGAUGAGACGAACUCCUCAACUAAAGGAUAAUUCAGGUAAGAAUCGAAUCUUUCCUAAAGUAUAUCGAAAAAUCCAAAACCAUUAUUGGCCACUUCGUUUUGUUUUAAAAUGAUUUGUGACAGAUAGUUGGAUCCAAGAAUAGAGUUGUGAAUGUGCUACGAGAAAUCUAGAACCAGCAAGAUCAUUAUCAUCAUCAUAUGGCUUCCGCAGUCAAAAAAGUAAACUAAGAACUCGCAGCAGAUAUAAUACCAGUGGAAAGAAGCAACAAAUGUUGGCAACCCCACCAGGAUUGAGACUAUGAACCUAACAGAUCACUCCUCUUCACUAAUAAUCAAUCAUGCAGACCUCAUCAAUUCUUCAAGAUUUGUUCAUUGGAAAUCCAAUCAUCUCAGCAGCAUGUGAUCAGCUGCAGAAGACAGUUAACAGAUACUACUUGCCUGAUCCUGUCAUUGCCCAAUCUCAGUACUCAACAAAAGCAUCAAAACAAAGUAGACUAUACUCCAUUAUAAACAAGCUUGUAAAGAAAGCAGAUAGUAGUCAUUCACAAGGAGUUCAAGAACAUGUGAGAUUGGGGACAAAGAUAUCUGAAACUGUUAAGGAGAAGUUGAGAUUAGGGGCUCAUAUUCUUCAGGUUGGUGGAGUGGAGAAAGUCUUCAAGCAAUUCUUUAGGGUGAAAGAAGGGGAGAGGUUAUUGAAAGCAUCCCCAUGCUAUCUAUCGACGACGUCAGGCCCUCUAGCAGGUCUGCUCUUUGUCUCCACCGACAAGGUUGCCUUCUGCAGCGAUAGAUCAAUGAAGGUCUACAGCCGGGAAGGCCAGAUGUGCAGGAUCCGUUAUAAGGUUGUCAUUCCGCUCAAGAAAGUCAAGUGUGUGAACCAAAGUGAAAGUAUUCAAAAACCAAAACAGAAGUUUAUAGAGAUAGAUACAGUGGACAAUUAUGAAUUCUGGUUUAUGGGUGUCUUACAGUAUCAGAAAACUUUCAAAUAUCUUGAGCAGGCAAUUUCACAAGCUUACAUGAAGAAAGAGUCACCCUUUUGAGCCUAUAAGCUGAGUCACAAAAAUUCAUGUUCUGAGGAUACACAUUAAGAUUCAAGAGAUGAUAGUUAGCAAUAAAAAUGGGUAGCCAUAAGUGAAGAGUGAAGAUGCAGGGCUUCAUUUAUGAUGCAGAGGCUUCAUCUUUUCGCCUAAUGUCCGAGUACAAACAAUUAGAUGGCACUUGUCACUGUAAACCUGAAACCAAGUUUAUCAAAUUUGAGAUUGUAGAGCAUAAGUAAACUUGAAUCCUAAGAGUCAGCUCGUAAGCUCGUAAGAGUUUACACGAAAACUCGAUUUGGGUACAAGUCAACUCAAGAUUUUGAUAAUGUUGCAUGUGAUGUUGAAUAGAAAAGAUUGUUAUCAUCUGAGGUGUAGAGAAUAUGGCAUUGCUGUCCCCAUGUUUGCAUAUAAACUUUGCUGCCCAGUUGUAAGCUUUCAGGCUCAACUAUUUUUGUAUCUAUGAUGUAAAAUUUUCAGGA